AUCGAACUUAUAGGAGCAAUUCCGUUGGGUACUCAGCUUUGUCGGUGACAAUUUAUAUCGUUUCUAUCAUAAAUUUAUUGAGAAUGUAUCAAACAGAGAUGAUUUUAGCCUAAAUAUGGAGGGAAAAAAAUAUCACUUUCAAAUGUCGUCGGACUAAUAGAUUCCUCGAUAUGGUUAUUCAUUUCACUUAAGAUGCUUAGAUUACUCUUUCAUUUGUAAUAGCACUACAAAUCUACAAUGUAAUUAUUAUCAUAACUCUGAGCUGAUUUGACUAUCCUAGAAGCAUUUCUCCUUGAUCAGUUUCUCGAUUUAACAAGUACAUCGAAGAAGUGCUCUGAUGCUUCAUUUGCAAUCUAUUGCGUGAUAUCACCUUUUACUGCUUGAUUACGAACAUGGUGGUAACUUUAGUCUAGUCCUCUGUUGAAUAUAUGUGUGAAUCCCGAAAUCCCGAGAUUUCAUGUCUGCUGAAAGCACUUUUAGUCAAAGUUUGAAUUUGUACAUAAACCACAAUUUGGGUUCUACAUCGCCAUCGUUGAAUGACUUGAGCAACAUAUCCAAUUAAACACGCAAAACUAAUAAAAUCGAUAAUCUAAAUUGACGUUUAACGAGUGACUAAUAAAAAAGAAAAAAAUUAGAAUGACAAAGAUGAAAGAAAUUUAUAAACGGAGUGAACAAACCUGUAAUUUGUGAUUUUCCCCCAUCAUUUUAUUAACAAUUGACUGAAAUCUUAUAUCGCAGCAGCCAGAAAGAUCUCAAUCUUUCACUUGAAAAUUACACAACCUCAGGCGUGAGGUUGUAGUAAUCUAUUGCAUUGAAAAACUCAGGCGAAUAAUAAUUAAGAAUUGGUAGUGGAGAACCAAUACAAGAUAAUUAAAUUUGUACUUCUCUCCCUUGAAUAAAGAAAAUGGCACAAUUCAGUAUUCCGGCUGCUAUAUAAACCCAGUAGAGCCAGGCGGAGAAAAACCAGAGAGCGGUGAGAUCACUCCACACCACAAAAACAGAUUGAGAAGAAAAAAAAGAGAGAAAAAAGUGUGUGAGAGAGAGCGAGCCUGAGAGAAAAAAAAGAGAGCGUCCUGAGUUCAUCGGAUUAGUUGUUUUGCGGCUUCCUUCGUUUUCCCGAUUUCCACCCACCCCGUCUGUAACAUCCAGCUUCUCUGAAUCCCUUUCUGUCAAUCAUCUGUUCUUUCAAAAGGAUUUCUGGUUUCUGGGUUUGUCUUUCUGAUUCACAUACAUAACAUAUAUUCAGUAAAAAGAUUGAUUUGAAAAGCGAACUUUUGAAAAAAAAAACAGGAAUUUCCCUCGAAAGCCAGGUGUUUUCAGAAUCGAGAUCCAGGUUUUCUUCACCUAUGUGUUCUUUGUGAAUUUUUUUUUUUUUUUGUUAGGUAGAUCGGCUUAAAGGGGUUGUUUUUGUAUAUCCCUUUGAAGUUCGAUUUGUUGAAUCAUCAAUCUGGGUUGUCUAUUUUCAUACCCACUUUGAUCGAGUAUUCAACUCUCAUCUCGCCGGUGUUCUUGAGUUUUAUUAAGAACAGGCGGACUAUUUUUUUUUAUAUAACUUUUUUUUUGUUUGUAAUUUUCCAUAGUUCUUUUCCUUUUGAGCUGUUUAUACCCGGACAUGGCAGCUACGAUGGAUUUCUUCAGUAGCAGCAGAUCAGUUCAGUCAGAUCUAUACGGAGACGAACUGAUGGGAGCACUUGAACCUUUUAUGAAAAGUGCUUCUUCCCCUUCUUCGGUAGCAGCAGCUUCUUCUCCUCCUUCCAUGGCCGUUGUUACACCUUCCCUUUCUGAAACCUUUUCUUCUUCAUCCACCUCGCUUCCUUCUACUUCCUACUCUUCUUCCACUUCACCUCCACCUUCUGGUUAUCUUUCAUUUUGUUCCCCUUCUUUCUCUGCUGCGCUUCCUCCUCUUCCUCCCCAGCAGCAGCAACCUUCUUUCUUUUACCCAGACGGGUUUUCCGGGUCGAUUACCCACCCAUUUUCUUCUGGGUUCCAGAUCCAAGACCCGUCUGUUUACCAAUCGAGCUCAAUCGGGCUCAACCAUCUUACCCCUGUCCAAAUUGACCAGAUCCAAGCUCAGAUCCAGACGAACCAGCAGCAGCAGCUCUGUUUCCAGAACUUCCCUGUUCAGCAGCAGCAGCAGCACAACACGCUCAGCUUCCUGGCGCCGAAGCCCGUCCCGAUGAAGCCCAUGAAGCUCUAUCGGGGAGUGAGGCAGAGGCAUUGGGGGAAAUGGGUCGCCGAGAUCCGUCUCCCUCGAAACAGGACGCGCCUCUGGCUCGGGACGUUCGAUACCGCCGAGGAAGCCGCCUUGGCUUACGACAAGGCGGCGUUCAAGCUCCGCGGCGACUUCGCCAGGCUGAAUUUCCCCAGCCUCCGGCACCAGGGCUCCCACGUCGAGGGCAAGUUCGGCGAGUACAAGCCCCUCCAUUCCUCCGUCGACGCCAAGCUCGAAGCGAUUUGCCAGAGCUUGGCGGAGAACGGCGGGAAAGGAGGGAAGAAGAAGAAACCCUCGACGGCAGCAGCUGCAAAGAAGGCUGCAGCGGCUGCGGCCGCAGUGGUGAAGGAGGAGAAGGUGUCUCCUGUGGCGACGGAAAGCGAUGGGUCAGGAGGAUCAUCGUCACCUCUAUCAGAUCUGACGUUUCCGGAGCUCGAAGAGGCGCCGUUGGAUUAUGACACUGGGAACUUCAAUUUGGAGAAGUGCCCUUCUUACGAGAUCGAUUGGGCUUCCAUUUUAUGAUACAAGUCUUAAUAUUUUCCUUUGUAUAACUUUUCAGGAAGUAAGUAGUGGGCAUCUGCAAUGGAGUUUUUUGACAGUUGCAGAGAGGCAGUUAUGGAGUAGUAGUGUAAUUUUGAUUAGGGUUUGGUUAUGUAAAUUGGAAGGUCUGGUGGCGCGGGCUGGGUUUUUUGUUAGCCCCCAACCACGAAGACUUUUUCGUUCUCUUGGUUAGUUUUGUAAUUUGUUGUAUGAUCCAGAAAGUUCCAAUGUAGGUGUUUAUAGUAUAGCAGCAGUGAUGUAAUGUAACCAUGAGGAGGAUUAUUCAUAACACCUAUUGUCUUAAAUUAUCCAGUGUCCAUGAAACCGUACCGGAAGUUCAAUCACGAAAUACGAGUAUUGCAGGCUAAACCGGUAGGCGGUAUUUACCGGUAUAAUGGUUGAACAUUAAACCACGGUUUUAUCUAAAAGUACCUUACUUCUGACUUUCCCGAUAUGGUCUCCGGUACGGUUUCAUGGACCAUGAAAAUAUCUCGGCUUACUACCAUUGAGAAUCUUUUCGAGACCUUUGUGUAAAUAAAAUCGCUUUAUACCG